UGUACGGUUGACUUUGAUAGUUUUGCUUUGAUCGUAACAGUUUAUAUUUCGUUCAGAAAUAUGAUCGAGAAAAUUUGCAUACCGGCUUUCGCGGAGCUAAGCGAGUUCGCUAGUACAAGUGCUGGUGGUAAGGUGAUAUUCGCUAGUGACGACUUCUUCGCAACAUGUGAGAACAUGAUAGCAGACUCAGAUCCGAUCUUCAUUGCUGAUAAGUACACGGAGUUCGGAAAGUGGAUGGAUGGAUGGGAAACGCGCCGGAAGCGGAUGGCUGGCCAUGAUUGGUGCAUCCUGAAGUUAGCUACGAAAUGCGUUGUCAGAGGUUUACUAGUAGACACCGCUUUCUUUACUGGGAACUACGCACCCAAGUACUCAAUCCAAGCAGCCUGUUUGACUCCUGAAGAGGAGGCGUUAUUACCGGAAAGAGACACACAAAUGGGGUCGGCGUGCACCGAAUGUGACUUGGAGCGGGUGAAACAGCUUAGCUCUGACAAAUGGGAGGAAAUUGUCCCUAUAACGGCGCUCCGGCCGGGCUAUGAGGAUACCAGGAUGAACUACCAGAAGGUUGUAUCCGAUGAAGCGUUCACACAUGUUAGAGUGAACAUUUAUCCCGACGGUGGUAUAGCAAGACUACGAGUGUUCGGUGAAGCGAAACCAGAAGCACCGCCCAGUGAUCAGUUGGUGGAUUUGGCGUCUUUACUGACUGGGGCUACUUGUUUAGGAUAUUCCAAUGCACACUACGGCCAUCCAAAAAAUGUGAUAAAGCCAAGAAGAGGAGAAACCAUGGCUGAUGGAUGGGAGACAGCAAGGCAACUGAACAGGCCAGAAAUUCUUGAAUCCAGUGAUGAUGGUACAUUAAAAACUACAGGAGAAGAAUGGGCAGUUUUCAAAUUGGGUUUCAAUGGAAGAAUCCAGAAGAUUUGUGUAGAUACGGAACACUUUAAAGGCAACUACCCAGACUCUAUAAAAGUAGAAGGAGCUCUUUUAGUCAACGCUGAAUGGGCGCAUUCAAAGCCGGUUGUCUGGUACAACAUAUUAAAAGCAAGCAAGCUAUCAGCCCACAAAGAACAUUGGUUUACUUGCAAUUCGGACGUCAUCUCGCAUAUCAAAGUAACCAUAGCACCUGAUGGUGGCUUCAGCAGGAUUCGGGCGUUUGGCCACGUUGAACAAACUAUAAUUUGAAACAUAAUCAAUGAAAUUGCUCUUUAUUAUUUUAUUUUAGAUCAAGUGCUUCUCAGAAUCGGUUGUGGUCUUGUCAGUUUUGAUUUUAGAACAGUUUUCUCGCUAAUAAUAUGUUUUUACUUGAUCGGUUACAUUUUUUAACUGGAUUCACAAAUAUUGAUAUUCAAGUUUGUUUCUUCAAACCGCACUAUUGCCAGAGCACUUACUUUUGCCUCAAAUAUAUAUUUAUGGGAGUGGCUAUUUACCUAACAUAAUUAUAGCAAUGAUAAAAUUUUGUAGCUGGAUUCUGUUCAGGUCGUUAUUGAUUGUACAAUAAACUUUUCCUAAAGUGACAGUUCUGAAUGUAGUGACGUCAAAAAGUAAAAUUAGACUAAGACAAUAUUGCUGUGCCAAUUAUACCUAUGAUUCUUUCGCCAUACAAAAUAAAUUGUUUUGUUUCAAUUCAUUGUAUUAAAUAUGAGGAGCUAUGGUGAAUUAGAGCUACUAUUUAUAAUUAUCGUACGUGUUGAAAUAGUACAUUAUUUAUAGUGUUAAUAAGAUAUUUUUGUAUUUAUUAUUAAGAUUUUGAAAAGUAUUAUUAUUUUAAGUUGCAAUGUAAAAUACUAACGUGAAGUUGUUUAUACUUUUUA